AUGUCACCGGCCGACGCCGAGGUCCAGCCACGCGCUCACAGAGCUCAGACGUGGUUCUCGGCGCUCGAGUUGCAGCAGAUGGUACUGCUAACAGAGCAACACGACCCGUUCAUCCAGCCACGCGGCAAGAUAACCAAGACCUGGCGAGACAUCACGGAGGAGUUGCACUCGCAGCAGCUCUGCUUGACUUCCAAUGGCGAGACGAUCAAGAGGAAAGUCCUACAGAUAAUAGCGAAUCACGAGCAUUGGAACCCCCGUUCGCAAGUCACAGCCGCAUUGAACGAGAAUCCAAUGAUAAAGACCACAAUCAGUGCGAAGAUAGAUGCCAUCAUUGGCCUACGAGAUAAGGCAACAAGUCUGUCAGAAGAUAAGAAGGGGGAGGAGGCAGCGCGGAAAGAACAACUUCAGAGGCUGCACGAAGCAGACUCCUCGGACGAAACAUCUAGCCAGGACUCCAGAGCUGGAACCCCGUCUGUGCAGUCGGGCGACUCUGGGCAGCCUGAGCAAGCAGGCCUUGGUGCGAAGGCAGUUGACACACGUACUGGCGCAGGCACACCGGGGCCAGACGCAGGCUCUGAUGCUGCCGAAGCAGAGGACCAGAACGGCCAGAACAAGGAGAACGCGCCAAAGCGUAAGCGUAAGCGGGAUAGCACGGAGGGAACAGCCGUACCGCGGAAGUCACGACGACGUAGGGCACCGGCGGACAACGAAGUCACAAGCAUCCUGCGAGAAUUCAAGGAUUUCAUGUCGGAUGAACGCGCUGCAAGAGAGAAGGAGCGCAAGGAUCGCAUGGCCCGCGAUCAGCAUCUCAUCGACGCUGUUCAUGCAGUGUCUCGCGACAACUGA